UGGCUACUAUUUGAGGAGUUUUGGCGAUGGAUUCUGACUCCACUCUUUGUCCUGGACCCCUCUGUUUACGGGCUGAGCUCCAAGAAGGAUUCUGUGAAGCUAAUGAGGUCCAAGUCCAGGUCCUCCCUGUCCAUCCUUCCCAGAGAAAGCCUAAUCCUGUUAGCUGAGCUUUCUCACGGAUAAUCCCUCCACUUCCCCACCUGCCCGUCCUUGAGCCCUCAGCCUCUCUCUGGGAUGAUUGUCUUCUGGUGAACACAACAGCAUGUUUAGCUGGGUGGUAAAAGUUGUUCCCCAGCCUCCAGCGUCUCCUGGGAAACUGGGAGAGGAGGACCAAACCAAUGCGUCCACAUCAGCAGAUGUGACGAAAAAAGAGGACGUAAAACAAGAAGCCAACCCUUCCAAGUCAAAGGAGGAGGUCUCAGAGGAAAGCAGCUCUCAGAAUGGGGUUUUGAGUUGGCUUUCUAAUGGGUUCAGCAGUGCUCUCCCUCAGCCAGUGAACGCCUCUAAACUGGGCAACGCUGAACUCAAGCAAGAGGGAAAUGCAGUGAGCAACAGUAACACAUCGGACCAGGCUGGGAUGAUAGGAUGGAUUGUGCAGGGACUGGGAAAAGUGGUUCCACAGCCGGAUGAGAAAUACAAGGGGCAAACAGAGCCAGAGGAGGUCACUGAGCCUGCAGUUGUUCCAGUGGUUAAAGUGGAUCCUCCAGUACAAGAGGCCAAAGACAUUCGUGAUGCUGAGCCGCUGCCUCAUAUUCCUGUGGUGGAGGUUGUGUCUGAUGAGGAGCCAGACGCUGCUAACGUUCCCUUCUCUCCAAGGGUAAUAGAAUGGAUUAAGCAUGGUUUUGAGAAGGUAGUCCCUCAGUCUCCUAUGCAUCUUCAUCCUCCCUCUGGUACGGAAACACCUGUUCAGAGGGCUGCUUCUGCUCCUGUCACACCCUGCAAACAAGAGCCAGCACCUGAACCAACACCUGCUCCUGCACCUCCACCUGCACCCGCACCAACACCAGCACCCGCACCUGUACCCGCAGCUCCUGAGCAACCUAAACUAGCUGAGGAUCCCAAAGGCACAAACAUGGUUGGCUGGAUUGUACAGGGGUUUGGACGCAUGAUGCCACAACCAGUACUGAAACCAAAAGAGGACAGUUCUGAUAUCGUUCAAAACGUCUGCAUCCUGCAGGACCCGUGUGAGAUGGUGCUGGAGGAGGUGGACUCAGACUGGGAUGCCCAGCAGAAGGAGCAGGGCUCGGGGCAGGACGUCCUGGUGCAGCAGGAGAACUCGUCUCUGCUGCAGGUGAUACCCAACAUCCUUCCACACUUGCUGGCCAUGCAGGAUCAGGAGGACGCGGAGACGCAGACUGAGCGCUGGACGCCUCUUAUUGAGAGCAUCAAGAAGGAAGCGGAGGAGACUGCCUUAGCAAACAUAGAGGAGAGACUGGAGCAGGAACGCGUGGAGGCAGCUCGCAUGGCGGAGGAUCUGGCCCUACAGGCUGCAGAAUUGGCCGUCAGACAGCUGGCAGAAGAGCACACCACACAUAUCAUCAUUAAUACGACAAACGAAGAACCAGACCAUGCGGAUCAACUGCCAAAUAUCCAGGAGGAAGAGAAUGAAGAAGACCCAGAGUUACAGCCGUUUCAUGAAGAGAGUGAGGAGGAGAGUGAGGAUAGUAAGAUCACAGAUGUCGACAUAAAAAGGAGCCUGGUGGACAUCUGUCCGGCGGAGCCCUCGCCGCACGAGUCUGAGGUUUCAGAUCAGGCACCUCAGAGUCCACCGCCGCUACAAGCAGAUACGGUCUCUCCAGCUGUGACCACUCAGCCUGAGCGCGCCACAUCUGUACCUCCUGAUGCUGACCAGGAAGAGGAACCUCCUGAAGAAGGAUGUGGAGAAAGCAGCCAUGUGAAGCCAGCAGUGAUGGUAGAGGAAGUGAAGGAUGGAGAAAUGUCCGUUCCCAAAAUCAUUGUCGCACCAGAGUCAGACUCAAUGACCCUCACUGUCACUGUAACAAAUCUGCCAGAGGAGGAGACGGCUCCUGCUGAGGAAGAGGAAGACAGUCGAAUGGAUCCGAACACGACUGAUCUACUCAAUGUGGCCGAAGGCCUUGAGCGGCCCAUGUCUGCGGCCAGUCAAACAAGUAUGGUUGUGAAUGAGCGACUGCAGGAGCUGGUCAAGCUGUUUAAGGGGCGAACAGUUCGUGUAAGAGACAAACUGACUGAUCCAGACGACUCUGAUGAGGAAAGCCCUACAGCAUCUCCUGCCAAAAAGCCUGCCGAUGCCCCGCCUCCUCCUCCUCCUCCUCCUCCUCCUGAGGAAAAUAAAGAAGCUGAUGAGGAGGCUGAAGAGGAGGUGCAAAUCUAUGAGUUUAUGGGAUACAAGUUCCCAGUUCCUCAGGUGAAAAUACCCGAGAUCCCUGAUUGGCUGAGAGCUAUACUGGAGUACCGUUUCCCGUCCAGCAUUGAUCCCUUCACAGAUUUGAUCUACGUGGUGUGGCUGUUCUUUGUGACGUUUGCGUGGAACUGGAAUGUUUGGCUGAUCCCUGUGCGCUGCACUUUCCCGUAUCAGAACUCUGAGAACGUUCACUGGUGGCUGCUGAUGGACUACCUCUGUGACGCCAUUUACAUUCUUGACAUCGUGGUCUUUCAGCCCAGACUGCAGUUUGUGAGAGGAGGGGACAUUGUGUGUGACAAAAAAGACAUGAGAGAGAACUACUUGCAAACAGAGCGAUUUAAGAUGGAUGUGAUCAGUCUCUUUCCACUGGAUGUCCUGUACGUCUUCACGGGAGUCAAAUCACUCUUGCGGUUUCCUCGCCUUCUAAAGUACAAUGCAUUCUUUGAGUUUAAUGAUCGUCUGGAGGCUGUGAUGAGCAAAGCAUACAUUUACAGGGUGAUCCGUACGAGUGCGUACCUGCUGUACUCUCUGCACUGUAAUGCCUGUAUUUUCUAUUGGGGAUCUGACUAUGAAGGACUGGGUUCUACUAAAUGGGUCUAUAAUGGCAAAGGAAACAGUUAUAUUCGCUGCUACUACUUUGCUGUGAAGACUCUGAUCACCAUCGGGGGUUUGCCUGAUCCCACCACUGUCUUUGAAAUCGUCUUUCAACUGGUCAACUACUUCGUGGGAGUCUUUGCUUUCUCCAUCAUGAUCGGUCAGAUGAGAGAUGUAGUCGGAGCCGCCACUGCAGGUGAGGCGUACUACAGAAGCUGUGUGGACAGCACCGUCAAAUACAUGAGCUCCUACAAGAUCCCCCGCGAGGUCCAGAACCGAGUGAAGACCUGGUACGACUACACCUGGAAGUCGCAAGGCAUGCUGGAUGAACAAGAGUUACUUGUACAGCUUCCAGAUAAGAUGCGUCUGGACAUCGCGGCAGACGUAAACUACAGCAUUGUCAGUAAAGUGGCGCUCUUUCAGGGAUGUGACAGACAGAUGAUAUUUGACAUGCUCAACAGGCUGAAAUCUGUGGUGUACCUUCCUGGAGAUUUUGUUUGUAAAAAAGGUGAGAUCGGUCGAGAGAUGUACAUCAUCAAAGCUGGAGAAGUGCAGGUGGUUGGAGGGCCUGAUGGGAUCACGGUGUUUGUGACUCUGAGAGCUGGCUCUGUGUUCGGGGAAAUUAGUUUGCUGGCGGGUGGUGGUGGGAACCGACGAACCGCUAACGUAAAGGCCCAUGGUUUUGCUAACCUCUUCAUCUUGGAUAAGAAGGACCUGGCAGACAUCUUAGUACACUAUCCCGAGUCCCAGAAGCUACUGCGCAAGAAGGCCAAGAAAAUGUUGACGAAAGAUAAGAAGCCUACAGAUGAGAAGGUUAAGGAGACGGGUGAGGUCAUCACUGAGCGGCCAGAGACACCCAAACUCUACAAGGCUGCCCUGGAGCUUGCCAAAGGACAAACAUUUGCCAAGCUGAAGGAGUCAUAUAAGGGAGCAACUCUAGAGCCGUCCACUCCUGGCUCCGGCAUGACCUCCACAGGUCCAGUGCCCCCUCCCUCCCCAAUGCACCGACGCUCGCCCGUUCCCCGGCCUCGCAUGCAGGAUGAUGAUGACAUGGUAUCAGAGACCACUGACAGCACCAUGAUCAUCCGCAUGACUCCCCGCGUUGAGGGAGAGGAGAUCCUCACCGUGGAGGUCGGUCCUGCAGAGGGGGUGGAAGGGGAGGAAGAGCUGAGCAAAACUGAAGACAAGUGAGAGAAAAGAAGAGGGCAAGGACAGAGGAGAGUAGGGAUAGGGUAGAAAGCCUGAAGAAAAGCCCAGUGCACACAACCCUUGUCAUGCUUUCUUUAUUAUUGUGUUGGUGAAAUUCCUACACAACAAGGUCAUGCCAAACAUGUUUUCA